AUGCUCGAUGUUGGACCCAGCGACGGCUCUCAAAACCCCCGCUUGGUUGUCUUCGAUAAGCGUGACGCAUUAUCAGAACCUUACAUUGCUCUGAGCUAUUGCUGGGGGAAGAAAAACAGCUUCGUUACCGCUCGACGUAACAUCAAAGAUAGGAUUGCAGGUAUUCAAUUCGAGAAGCUCCCGAAGACUUUCCAGGAUGCGAUCCUUGUAACGCGAUGUCUUGGAAUGCAUUAUUUGUGGAUAGAUGCUCUAUGCAUCGUACAGGACGACUACAACGACUGGGUCAAAGAAGCAGCAAACAUGGCCAGCGUGUACCAGGGCGCGAUCCUGACUAUCUCAGCGACCAAUUCAUCUGCGGUCACAGAGGGGUUCUUGAAGCCUCGGUUACAUGUCAUCGAGAAGGCCGUCAAGUCUGUGCUAUGGGUCUCUCCAAGUGGACAAUCAUUCACUGUACACGUCAGAACACGCUUGAAGCACGAAGACAUUGUUCCCGAAACUACCAGUACGAGUACGCAAGACAAUCCACUUCUCUCCCGCGGCUGGGCUUUCCAAGAGCGUCUCUUAUCAACGAGAACGCUUCACUUUCUCGCCAAAGAGUUAUUGUGGGAGUGUAGAUGCCAGUAUUGGUGUGAGUGCAUGAGCGUCACCGCUGAUCAGUCAUGGAAGGUGGGCGUAUUGCAAGGCUCGCUAUUCAAUAGAGCAACACUGGACCCUAGGGCAACCAUGUUCUACGAAUAUGGCUGGGACGAGCCUACAUCGACCUGGCAAACAAUGGUUAGCGAGUACUCAAAGCGGCAACUAACUUACCGUGACGACAGGCUACCGGCACUUUCUGGCAUAGCGUCUCGUUUUAUUUCAUUCGAUCUUGGAGGCUACUAUGCAGGCAUCUGGUCCAAGAAUCUCCUUUGUCAUCUAAGUUGGCAGUCU